UGGUCCGCGUCCCCCUAAGCCUGAGGCGGGCGAAGGAGCAAGCUACCCGGCGCUCGGUGAGUGGAGCCGGGCAGACUGGGAGGGUCAGGCGGGGCCAGGCAGCCCCACAGUGCGGCAUGCAGGUGUCGACCCUCGGGCCAGGGGCCCGGGGCCGCUUUCCCGCGCUGCUGACCAGGUGGCGAGAUCUCCGGGAGGAGGACGCGGACUACAGUUACAAAAAUCAAAACAUGAACGACAAUAUAUAUUACCAAUGUUCAAAGCUGAUUUGGGUACAACUGGAAUACAAUUGCCUACAACAUAUUCCAGAGGAAUUAGAAAAGUCAAAGUGAUGGAUAACAGAAAAGAGCCCCCAUUCUUCAAUGAAGAUAACAUGGGACUGGGACCAUUUGACUACAAACUUCUUUUCUGUGAUACCAUGGAGCUCUUCAUUGAGACACUGACUGGAACGUGUUUUGAGCUGAGAGUUUCACCCUUUGAAGCGGUUAUUUCUGUAAAGGCAAAAAUUCAAAGACUGGAAGGUAUCCCCAUCUGUCAGCAGCACUUAAUUUGGAAUAACGUGGAACUUGAAGAUGAUUAUUGCUUGAAUGAUUACAACAUUUCAGAAGGUUGUACUUUGAAGCUGGUUUUGGCCAUGCGUGGUGGACCUAUAAAUACUAGAAAAGUUCCCAUGGAAGACCCGCUUAGGGAGAUCGCCGAAUUCAUGGACCCCAGGCGAGAUGAGGUCUGGGAGAAGGCCUCCUGCAGCAGACAAGUCACGUUCUUGGUUUACCGGGAAGGAGAUCAGUUGAAUUUCUUUCGUGUAGUAGAUAGGGGAGAUGGCACUUUAACACCAUUAUCUGAAUCUUUAAGCAAUGGGUCUAUGUACAAUUUGUAUACAGAUGAGGAUGAGGAGGUGGAACCUUCUCCUUCUGGACAAAAGACCAUUGAAAAUUCAAUAACUAUGAAUAAGAUGAAGCUGCUGAAGGCGAAGAUGGAGAGGAUGAACCUCGGCAGAAAGCCCAAGAGAGCCCUGAGGGUGCAGCCUCGCCCGCCUGCUACUCGACCCACUAGCAGCUCCACAAGGGUGACCCUACGCCCCCGGCUUCUGCCUGCACUGACACCGCUGAGCUCCGGGAACCUGCGGGGUCCUUCCCAGCCUUGUGGUACCCAGCACUCCACAGGGAACUUAGCAACCGAGAACCUCCAUGAUCUGGUCCUCGAGAUCCCAUGCCAUGAAGAGAGCUUACCUGAGAAUGUGCUGCACCUGGGAGACACUAAGGGGAGCGUGGCAGGGACCAACAGCAGCGCUGAUGCUGUGGACAAGCAGAGGGUCAGCACUGUGUCACCAUCCCUGUCCUCUACCAGGGUGGCAGUGAAGAGUUCAGGAGACAGCAGGGCCCCAGGAAAGCCACACCGACAACCCCGGGUGCGGGACUCCAGAGCAGUCCCCAAGCCUGCAGCUGUCCCCAGCCCCGCAGGCUGUGGCUGUCGAGGAGUGAAGGUCCGCUCUCCAGGGAAGAGGCCUGAUGUGAUCUCCAGAGUGGAGGCCCGGGACAUCACGGAAAUAGCCAACAAGGCCACCAAGGAGCCCGUGGGCUGCAUGAGCAAUGUAGGGCUGCUGGCUUCUCUAGCACAGAGUGCCAGCAGGGAUGGGGUUCAGAGCGCUCGAGGGCCAGGGCGGCUGCACCCCCAAGGGACUACAUUGAGGCUGCCCCGACCUCGACUGAAGCCAGAGACUCCAUGUGGCUCCCCAGGGGGCCUGCCCUCCUCACCCUUCCAGUCUGCCCUUGACCUUCGAAAGAACCGAAGCAGCAUAGCAGCAGGGAAACGAGGAGAAUACACCCAUCACCUCCCACCCGUGAAAGCCCCUCUCCAAACAAAGAAGAAGGCAACAGCAAAACAUUGUUUUCUUUGUGGAAAGAAAACAGGACUGGCUACUAGCUACGAAUGCAGAUGUGGAAACAACUUCUGUGCAUCUCAUCGCUAUGCAGAGACUCAUGGCUGCACGUAUGAUUACAAGAGCGCAGGGAGGAGGUUCUUGCAGGAGGCAAAUCCUGUGGUGAAAGCACCAAAGCUUCCAAAAAUUUAACUUCUGCUCUGCGCCCUACUGUUCUACCCGCUCGCGAAAUCCUAUUAUAUUGACAGAAGAAAUGUUGUUCAGACUGCAUUGUUUUUGCUCGACUCCAAAAGAUUGGCCAAAUAACAAAAGCAUCUAAUGCAUACCAUUGGAGGAUGAAAAUGCUGCUGUAUUUGACGUCUUUUUUUUUUUUUUUUUGGUGAAUCAAAAGUUUUUAAAGUAGUUGUAAAAACUUACACUGUAAUGUGAGCUUUGUUCUUGCAUGUCUGUGUUCAGUGUCUUAUAUGUGAUACUGCACUUUCACUAAACAACCCUUCAAAACAUGCACUGUAGGAAGUAAAUACUGACUGUAAGCGAGUAUGUGGCAGCAGGGAAUUUGUGCUCAUGUGAAGGCUGUACUGAAAUGGACCACUUCUUUCCUUUUUAUUAUUUUUUGUGGAGAAGGAGGGGUGGUGUAAAUGUCUUUUGCUUUUUUUCUAAGUCCCAUGUAUGAAUGUUUAUGGAGUUACUGGCAAGUUCUUUUUUAUUUCAAACUACUGUUUUUAUAAAAAGAGAAUUUGGUUUCCAGUGCAGUUUUUAACACAUAAAUCUUACAUAUUCAAACUGCCAUUCAGUUAUCCAUCCUAUAAAACACAUCAUGUUAAUCAAGUACACAUUUUUUAAAAUACUACUUUUUAAAUGGCAGUUUUACAACAGUUUUACUUGUUGCUACUAAAUAGAGACACCAGCUUUCAGUUUUCAAAAAGUGGGUACACUGAAAGCAGAAUUUUGCAGCAUUGUUUUUCAUAUAGGUCACGUGCUUUUACCAGAAAAAAAAUGCACUUAAAUAUUCAAUGUGACUAUGAGUUUCAUUGUUUACAAUGAAUUUCCUUUCAUAAAUAAAG